CCUGCCGGCCCGGCGCGCCGCGGCCCCGCCGCCGGAAAGAUGCUGCCCCUCUCCAUCAAAGACGACGAGUACAAGCCGCCCAGGCUCAACCUGCUCAGGAAGGUGUCGGGCUGGUUCAGGUCUAUCCUGGCGGACAAGACUUCCCGCAACCUCUUCUCCUUCCUCUGUCUCAACCUCUCCUUCGCCUUCGUGGAGCUACUCUACGGCAUCUGGAGUAACAGUUUAGGCCUAAUAUCAGAUUCUUUUCAUAUGUUUUUUGACUGUACUGCUCUAUUGGCUGGAUUAGCAGCUUCAGUUAUUUCAAAGUGGAGGUCAAAUGAUGCUUUCUCAUAUGGUUAUGUUCGAGCAGAAGUACUUGCUGGUUUCGUAAAUGGUUUAUUCCUCAUCUUUACAGCAUUCUUCAUUUUUUCUGAAGGUGUUGAGAGAGCACUUGAGCCUCCCGAUGUGCAUCAUGAGAGACUUCUUCCUGUUUCUAUACUAGGAUUCAUUGUAAAUCUUAUAGGAAUAUUUGUGUUUCAGCAUGGAGGUCAUGGGCAUUCACAUGGCUCUGGGCAUGAGCACAGCCAUUCUCUGUUUAACGGUGGGCUCAGCCAUGGGCACAGUCACGGAGAUCAUGGACACAGCCACGAACAUAAACAUUCCCAUGGACACACUCAUGGUCACGGCCAUGGACACUCUCAUGGUCAGGAUUACUGUCAUGAUGACCAUUCCCUUGACGUAAUGGCUGGAUCCAGCAAACAGAUUUUACAAGGUGUAUUUCUGCACAUCGUGGCAGACACGCUGGGAAGCAUUGGUGUCAUCAUAUCUGCUAUCCUGAUGCAGAACUAUGGUCUAAUGAUAGCAGAUCCUAUUUGUUCAAUGCUGAUAGCACUACUUAUAGGUGUAAGUAUUGUUCCACUUUUAAAAGAGUCCAUUGGGAUUUUGAUGCAGCGAACUCCUCCUUCCCUGGAAAAUGCUCUGCCUCAGUGCUACCAGAGGGUGCAGCAGUUGCAAGGGGUCUACAGUUUACAAGAUCCACAUUUCUGGACCCUCUGUACUGAUGUUUACAUAGGGACUUUGAAGUUAUUAGUAGCUCCUGAUGCUGAUGGAAGGUGGAUUCUAAGCCAGACUCACAAUAUUUUUACUCAGGCAGGAGUAAGGCAGCUUUACAUACAGAUUGACUUUGCAGCCAUGUAGUCAAUUUCUGGAAUGGUGCUGUUGGACCAAAGUUUUCAGUACUGUACUGGUGUAACAACACUUCUUGAGACAGAGCCUGCCUCCACCACAUCUGGAAUCACCUGAAUAGAUUUCUGCCCUUGGGCUACGGAGGGAGUUCACUUCUAAGGAGUAAAUAUUGAAUGAAUGUUAUGGACUUUGGGUCUUGUUUUUUUGGGGGGCCCCUAAACUUGUGAGUUUUUGAGGGUUUUUUACUUAAUAAGAUUGUGGUACUGGAAACCCUGUCAUGUCUUCAGUAAAGCUGCUGAAACCACUGCUCAUUCCCAUAAAACCAGUGUUAUCGGCAAUUGGAAACUUGUUUUGUAGACAAUGUCACAAUGGCUGACAUGCUUCAAUAUAAUUGUAUGUUUGUACAAUUGUUUGUACUUUGCAAACUUAAUGAACCAAACCAUAUUGGGUUUUCAAAGUGCCUUUUAUAUCAGGAGAGCUAUUUGCCAGCAUAAAUAUGGAGCAUCAAAGGGUUUUAUUACUUUUACAAAUAAUCUUGUAUGCAGUCUGAUUAUUUACUAGUGAUGUAUGCGGGGGGGGUUGUGUACUUACAGAACUGUAGAUGUUAGACUUCCAUUACAUUUGCAUCUUACCAGACAGAAAAAUUCUAGAUGUAAAAGACAAAGCUGUUGUAAAGAGACUUGCUUCUGAGACAAGCUGGGUAUUUCGUUGCACAUAUCUUGUGAAAAUUAUUUUAGUCCAAAUAUUAGAUUGUUGAGAGUAAUGAGACAUUACAUGAUGCUGUUCAUGUUCAGUCACUUAAACAAUGGGCAGUUGAAGGAAGAUGCUGGUGAUGGAAGCAAUGCUUGAAGGUUUUUAUUUUCCAAAUUAUGUGGUGGAAAAAACUAAAUCCUGAAAUUGUGAAAUCUUAAGUAUCCUUGAUUUUAGUAGGUUGUUAUAAUUUUUAUUAAAGUGAUCGAGUUCAAAUUUUGCCUUUCCAAGUACUGAAAAAAGUUGUUUCUGGUAGUUAUACCCAAAAUGGAAACAAGGAACACUUUUCAUGCUGUUUUAGCUUAUGCUUUUCCCAGGCUGACAAAUCUUACAUCUUUGACUAUUUUCCUGUAGCCUUCCAUGUUUUCAUAGGGGAGAAAGUCCUCAGUGCAGUAAGGGUUGUUGGAUUGGGUUUUUUUUCCAGGAACAUUUCUUCUGUCAUAUAUUUUCUGGCAUUUGUAAUCAUUUUACUCAGAUAUCUGAGUGUCACUUUCAAAAACAAUCUGCUCUGUUUGGUAUUACAGAUAAUAGUUCCACUAUGCUGUAGUAGUUCACUUAAUAAUGGAAGACUUUUCAAGAGACAUUUUACAAACAGAACAUGGUGAAGUACAAAGCAAAACAGGCGUUUUUCUGAGAAAUCACAGCUGCCACUGUUUGGUAUGGAUUUUAUGUUUAUUUUGGUACCUGUCAGAGGCAAUACUAAAAUCAAGACCCUGAGAAGCUGACAAUGUCUGUGUAGUAAGUGCUAGGCACUAUGAAAUUACUGGAUUGAUUUGCAGAAAUGGUUUGUUUGCCACUGAUACUGUUGAAUCCAUCACAGAUACGAAGAGUUUCUUUGAUUCAUUCUGUCGUUCCUAUAUAGCAUCUGAUUUCUUUUUAUGUGAAAACACAACACCUGCCAAAUUUGAUGGUGGUUCCUGAAUUUUCCAGUUGAGAUAUUGAUACAUGAAUGUUGAUUCUCUCCAAAUCUUCAGGGUGUAUUCUUGUGCUUGGAACUGGAAACCGGGUGCAAAAAAAAUAGGCAGCACAAAGCCACCUAUAAUACUGGUUUUAAUCUUUGCCGUCUCUUCCAUUGCCAUUUCCGAUGCCGUUUGCUUUCCCUGGGACGCAGGCUGGUGCCCUCGCAGCAGCUGCAGUUUGCACAUCUCUCUCUCCUGGCCUCCUGCCUGUCCCCCCUGGCAGAUGCUGUGCCAGGCCCAGAGUUCCUGACUGGAAGAUGGAAAUUUCGCGGCGCAGGGCGGGGUGCAGGAAUCUGUCGCGCAGAUUGGAGCGCUGCAGUUUAAGAUGCCGUGUGCACGUACGUUCACAGACAAGGGGAUGAAAAUCCGGUUGUGAUUAUAGGGUGGAGGUGCUGUUUUGUAGUGUGGUGCGUAUAGGCUGCUGCUUGCUGGCUGCCUGCAGGACUUCCUCAUUUUUUAAUAGUUACUAUUACUGCUAUUUGAGGCUAGAGAAGAUCAGCUGAUACCACCUUAAAGGCAAGCACCAGACAGAUUGAUUGCAAUUGUGUCAUGAUCCAAGAGCAGGCUUUGGUUUAAGUCAUCUUUACAGCAGCAUGUUUCAGGACCGAUUGUUCUGGGACUUGUUGAAAUACCGUAGUGCUGCCCAAGUUGCAGAGCUUGGCCACUAUUUUAGUUUCUUAAUGAAAAGACAACUGCUACUAUUUGUUUCCAAGUGAGAACCUGGCAGAGUGGCUGUUUGUUUGAUGGUGGUGAUGGUGUUCUUUUAAAUGUACAUCUACCAAAUUUUUAAUAUGGGAAUGGAGUGAAAAAGCUUAUAAACCUCAUAUACAACAAUUUUGAUAACUUUUGAUAAUUUUUUUUUUUGCUUAUUAUGAUUUAGCUGAUUGUUGGAAGCAUAUGUACAAGUCCAAGUUUUCUAGCCAAGCGAGACAGCACUUCAUUAUGUUUAAACUUUUAUAGUAAGAAAUGCAUAAUUUGUUUGUCAAAUGUAAUUGGGGAUAAUGUAGGGGAGUCAGAUUCAAAACAGACUUUAACCCUUUUAGGCUUUCUGAAAAAGGAUAAGCAUCACAAAAUUCUACAAACACGGCGUAUGACAUGUUCAGUCAGUAGCUGCAGUUACAUGUAGUAUGUCAGUAAACGAGGGACAUCUGUUUUUUCACCUCCUAAGGGGAUACUCGCUCAGGUUUUAGGAGAGUACAAACCAUGCAGUUGAAAGCAAAAGCCCAGCUUUCCUUACCCUGACAGCCAAAGCACCAUUAUUUCUGUUUUGCUAAUUACUUAACACUGGCUGCUCAUGUAACACUUUACUGGAGAUGCAAGGCAUGAUUUAAACAAAGACUUGUGUGAAUGACUGACAUCCAGAGAUGGGUGAAUGUCUGCAGAUCAUGUGCUAAAACUCAGCUUCCUGGUAGCCACUUCUGAAUUUUGAAUCAAGUUUUCAAAGCGUGGUUUUCCCAUGUUUUCAUGUAGCUGAUACUUUGGGGUUACUGGUCUGUCUUUGUGGGUUAUUUUUUUUCUGUGACUGAAACCAGUAACUUAAAACUGUUGUUCUGAAGACCAAGCCUGCAAAAUGCAUGAUUUUUACCACACCUACAGCAAAAUAAGAAGAUAAAACAAAUGUUACAGAGUGUCUUGUAUUAAAAUGCCUCAAUGUUUUUUGUGCUAAGUAACAGUGGAAGAAAACUCCUCUUACGAAUAUGCACAUUAAGGACUGGUCCUUUAUAGGCUGAUCUGGUAAGUGUACAGCUCUGGACAGACUGGCUCCUUUCAUCAGGAGGGCCCCUACAGAGAGCUGAGUUACUUGUGUGAUUUGCUAAGCUAAGAUGAAAAGUAAAUAAACGACUCUGCUUUUUAUGUAAUAAUGCCUACUAAAGCAAAAGUUUAGUUGCAACAUUCGUAAAAGCUGCUGACCCUAUUUUUACACAAAAAUUGAAGCUGCUACUACUAAUAAAAUGGAACUUAGUGACUAAACAUUCUUAAUUUACUUUUUUUAAAAGUAAAGCUGGGUUUAAAGGUGAAGGAAAAUUAACGGUUUCUCUUUUUAACUGUUUUAAGUGAACCUGUUCUGGGAAUGUAAACAAGAUAGAGAGAAUCUGCUGCUGAACUGCAGUUUUCCAUCUUCUGCACACAGUGUGCAAACAAACUGUAAAGUCUAUGGCUUUUCUUUCACAGUGCAGAUUUCAGCUGUAGUUGCACAGUGCAGAUUUUCAGCUGCAUGCAUGUAUAAAAUGCAAACCCUUAUCUUUCUUCAUGACACAAGAUCUUUAAAUACCAGUUCAGAGCAACAAUUUUAGUUAAUAAUUAAACUCUGUCUUGUUUUCUCCAGCAGCCAUUAGAUUGCUAUGAUUCUUGAUUCAUCUCACCCCUUUAAGCAGGAUUUUUUUUUUUUUUAAAUAAUCUCUCUGAUCCUCAAUACCGACUCAGUAGUUAAUUCCUCCUUUACACUUUUGUGAAAAUCCUUAUCUGCAGAGCUCGUGGGGGUUCCCUUUUGGAUUUGUGUCCCGUUCAGGCUUUGUUGCAAUGCCCGUCCCUGUGGGGACUUCCUUGGCCAGACACCGUGAUAAUGUGAAGUGAUGCCAACCAUGCUAUGCCUGGCAUGCGAAGACUGAGUCUUGCUGGGUGUAAAUAGUGCUCAACCUACUUGUCUGUUCCAGUGAGCCACAAAAGGUUCCUGCCUAUGUGGUAAUUUGGCGGAAAUAAUGUGUAAAAAGAGCUGGGUAUUUCACUUCCCAUGUGCAUUGGAGCCUCUCACAUGUAUGCUGGGAUCUCGUACAAGAGUUAAGUGAAUCACUACGGUAUCUUGGCUCAAGUGUGAAAUAAUGUGAAUGAAGCAAUUGCCAAAAUCAUUCCUGGUAGCAUAGAGCAUAUUGCUUGUCUUUACCUUUAAAUUACAGGAAUUACUCUUAGCAGUGAGCUUCAGUUGAAUAGCAAAGUGUGUCAGAGGUACCUGUGAAGAAAUCUUGCAGGUAACACAAGGCAGCUCACUAGAAUUCUGAAGACUAUGUAUGAUUUUGUUCUGGAAUGCGAAUGUUAGUAGCUUAGCCAUGGCUUGUCCCAAGUGCAAUAUUAAGGAAUUUUUAAUGUAAUCUUUUCUACUUGAAUACAGUCUAUAUAAAAUGUUAAAUAAUCCUAUAUUGCUGAAAAGAUAUAGGAUCAAAUUU